AUGCCGCCGUUCAAAGAAGCUGAAGUGAACCGCAUUAAACCCAUUGAAUCAGUGAACGAAAGUCCGUUUUGUUCGUAUUUGCCGUAUUUGGACACUUCGAAGGCAAACCUCAAUGAAGAGGACAGCGCUCUACUGCUGUCUACUUAUGGUGACGACGAGUUGGGUCUCCAAUACGCUGAGAGUAUAACACAGUUCGCUCACGAGACUGACUAUGUCCUCAAUUUAGUGGACUCUUUGCUCGAUAUCCUAACCCACGGACAGCACCAGAAGAUUGCCAUAAAAAUACGUGAGAAGCAAAAGACUGCUGAAAACGAGACAUCUGUUCAGAAGUCUAACACUGAGGCAAUAAAUACUGAGACGAAUACUAAUGGGAUUCAGACUCAACUCAACGAAACUGGGUCUCUGAUCGGACAGUUAGAAUCACUACAAUAUCAACGCCUGUCCUCUUCUACUCUACCCAUUAAGCCGUCGGCAGAGGAGGAGAAACUGGCGAAUCAG